AUGCGGUUGCUAAACACCCAUACGGGUGCAUUCGAAUGGCAUCAUGAUCCCACGACGGUGCGGUACGCGAUCCUGUCACACGUCUGGGACCAACUGCAGCGGUCUCCCCAGAACGCCGACACAAAUCCCGUACCGUUGCUCUCUCUCGUUUCCGCGAAGAUCCGCGACUGCUGCGUCUAUGCCCGUCAGAACGGGUACGAUCUGCUCUGGAUCGACUCCUGUUGCAUCGACAAAUCGAGUAGCGCCGAGCUCUCCGAGGCGAUCAACUCCAUGUACCAGUGGUACGAGCAAUCGACGGUCUGCUACGCAUUCCUCUACGACGUGCCCAGUGACGAGGACCCUCGCGCCCCUGGCUCACAAUUCCGGAGAAGCAGGUGGUUCACGCGCGGCUGGACGCUCCAAGAGCUCGUCGCGCCUCUUCGUGUCGUCUUCCUCUCGCGCGAGUGGCGCCCACUCGGGACACUGAGCAGCCUCGCGACCGUAAUCGAGGAGGUGACGGGCAUCGACCGCGGGGUCCUUUUGCACCAGACGCCCCUGCGCACGAUCAGCGUCGCGCGCCGCAUGUCAUGGGCCGCGACGCGCGUCACCACGCGUGUGGAGGACGAAGCGUACUCGCUCAUGGGCCUUUUCGGUGUCAUGAUGCCCACGAUCUACGGCGAGGGGCGCUAUGCGUUCGCGAGGUUGCAAGAGGAGAUCUUGAAGCAGGCACCGGACCAGACGAUCUUCGCGUGG